GUCAAUGGGCAGUCCAUAAAAAAAAAAAACUGUGACAUUGACAUAUGACAAUCGCGCUUUGAAUUGAAUUCAUUUUCACGAUAUUAUAAAUUGGUUAGUAAUCUUAUUUAUAUUUUAAAGGUUUGAUUGAUAACCUAAAAUAGUAAAAUAAUCUGGAAGAUAUAGUUUCAUUAGAACAAAAAUGAAAUUAACACAGCUUUUAUUUCGUCGCAAUCGUCUACCGAAUGGUCACAUAUUUCGGGGAAAGGACCGCUUAGUGAAAAAAGUUGAACCGAAACACCUUCGUGCUUUGGAAAGAGAUUUCAAUAUUGAAGAACAGAAUAUGUUUUAUUUACGUCACCCAUACUUGACAGAGGCUGAAAGUCACGGACACUCCAAAGCCUUGGGCAAGCAAGAAAUGAGAAAAAAAGGAUUUGAAAAUUUCACAAAAAAAAUAUUCAAAGAUGAUGUAACAUUAUAUGAACGCCUACAACAUCUCAGGGUUAAAGAGAGUUGGGAAUAAGCUAAAUUGUAUUUACAACAAUGUUAUCUUAUUUUAUAUGUUAGAUUUAAAUAAGUUUAAAUAAUAGAUUUAAUUAGAAA